GGCAGCCUUGCGCAAAAGGCUACAAUUUCUAGCGUCCAAACCUCAACGACCUUCGAACCUACAUUUCCUCAUUUGUUUACAAUCAGCAACCAUGUCACACCUUUUUAAUCCUCUUGCAACAGCUCAACAACUAUACCAAAAUACCUCAAGCAACAGACUUCCAGUUGAACUUCAAGACAGCAUUCGGUUCUAUACCGCACGACUUACGCAAGCCGCAGGCAUUCUGCUUGGACUUUCCCAAGAUAUCACAGCUCAAGCAAAUGUUCUUCUCUUCAGAUAUUGGCUUGUGGAUGACUUGAUGCAAUAUGAAUAUAGCGAUGUCUCAGCAGCUACACUCUACCUGACGGCCAAAGUAUCCGCGUCUCCUCGAUCCUUUCGUAGCAUAACGAAUGUAUAUGCUUAUCUCCUCUCUCAAUCCGCAACUCUCACAGAUUCUUGCGAACCCGACAAUGAUCCCUCGUCGUACUAUCUUUCCGAAUCUGCUUACAUAUCCUAUCGUACACGACUUCUCAACAUUGAAGGCCAAGUCCUGAAUGGUCUGGGAUUCAGUACACACGUCGCUCUUCCCCAUCCUCUCGCGAUUACGUAUCUCCAAACUCUCGACAUAUUUUCAUCAGCGCAUAGAAAUGGCAGUGGCAAAGCGGUCGCAAAAAAGACAAUACAGUAUCUUAACACAGCGUUGGUCAGUCCGCAGAUGCUAUAUUUAACACAUCAGCCAUGCGCAUUAGCAGUGGCGGCAAUAUACCUAGCGGCGAAGGAAGAGGGGAUCAAAAUGCCAGAAGAAGAAUGGUGGGAGGUAUUUGAUGUUGAGAGGGAAGAGUUAGGGUUUUUGGUAGUAGGAAUGAGAAGUUUAGAGGGCGUGGCACGGAGGGGCAAAGAAAUAUUCGGGGAGAAGAUGGUGGUCACUAAAGAUGAUAUUACAGAAGAAUUGGGGAAGAGGGGACUGGGUCCAAGUAACGGGACUAGUAAUGGUCAUAGCAAGAAGAUCGAUGAAGAGGAUGAAAUGAUGAGAUUGAUGGAUGAGAGGAUGGAAGAUUCAUAAACCUUCUGAAAUGUGGAAGGCAUGGAGCUCAAGAGGGAAGCUGAUCAUUAAACCGUGUGAAAGUCGACGGAAGACCUUCGAGCAUAUGGCCUUUGCAAUCAUAUGACAUAUAUUUCUCGACCUUACGGGGACGCAAAAUAAUCUUGAUAAAGGCUA